AUGGGAUUUUUCGAUUAUUUCUUUGGAAAAAAAAAAGAACCAGAAAAAUAAGUUAAUCAAACAUAAGUGGUUGUUUAAUAAUAAAAAUCUAAAAAGUAGAUAGAAGAAGAAGUUUAUUAUAAUUAUAUUAUCUGUAGAAUUGGAUUUAUGCUUCUAUUCUUUAAUACUUGAUAUCCCCAAUCUGGAAUAUUACUAUUUCAGAAUUUAUUGAUUAAAAUUGCAUUGUUUUUGAUGAUGAAGAAGAGAAUAAGUUAGAAUAUUAAGCUUUAUUCAAAAAAUAUAAAAAGUUAAUGGCCAAUCUAAUUGAUAAUAUGAUGAUUGAAUUGGGUGUAACAGAAGAAUAGUUCUCUGAAUAAGUAGAAAAGGGACUAAAGUAGCCAAAAGAUAAACAAUUAUUUGAAAAACUUUUAACGAUAGAUAAUUUUAUGGUUUUCAAAACAUAAAUGAUUAAAAGAAAUAAAGAAUUAGAAUUAGAAGCAUUAUAAGAAAUUAAGAAGUAAGAUCAGAAAAAGUAUUUAAUCUAUUUAUAAUAUUAGUGUUUAAAAAGAUUAAGUUGUGAAUCCUUAAAAUGAUGCCAAUAUUAAAUUACUUUAAAUAGAAGCAGAAAAAGCUGAAUUAGAACAUGCAUUAUAGAUGUCAUUAGCAGUUGAAGAAGAAAAAAAGAAAAUGUUAACAGAAGAGGACAGAUAACUACAAGAAGUUAUGAGACAAAGUUUAAUUGAAUUUUAGUAUACAUUUAAUUUAUUUUAAGAUAAGGAUUAAAAAAAACAAAAGAGGAUUUAUAGCAAAAGGUUUUAGAAUUAAAAAAAGCAAGAGAAGCUUAAGAACAACAAGCACUCACUUUUGAAUAAGAAUAAAAAUUACUAUUAUAAUAAUAAUAAUAACAACUAUAAUAAUAAUAAUAAUAAUAAUAAUAAUAAUAAUAAUAAUAAUAAUAAGUUAAUCUAAAUUCAGAUGGAACUCCUACUCCAUUAUUAAAAUCAGUAAAAAUUCAUAUUUUAAUUAGGAAUUUCGAUAAUAAAAUCCUUAAAACUAAGAAUAGUAUGCUCCUUCAAUGGCUGAAUUUUAUAAAGCUCAAAAUAACAAUAAUCCUUAACCUAAAUAAGUAGAGUAAGAGUAAAAAUAAGAGAUUCCUGUUUUAUAAUCAAAAAAAUUGGAUAAACUACCCAAUAAACCUGUUUUACCAUCAAUCUAAGGAACCUAAGCUUAACCUGUUAUAUAAUAAGCAGAUUCAGUGAUUUAAUUUGAAAUGGAUGUAGCAGAGGAUGAUAAGAAUGUUAAAAAAUCAGUUAUAGCCAAUUUAAUUUCUCAAAAAUCUGUAGAAGUUAAUAAUGUUUAAAAAGGUGAAAGUAUAGAAGAAAGAAAAAACAGAUUAAUUAAGCAAAGAGAAGAAAUACGAAAAAGAAAAGAAGAAGAAAAUAAAAAAACUUUAGAGUAGUAUAAAAUUUAAUAAGCUAAUGUAACAAUUAUCAUAUCUUUUAGGAAUCAAACAAUUAAUAAGAUGAUGCUUUUCAAAUUUAAAGAAAAAGUACUUAAGAUGAGAUUUAAAGAAAAAGAGAACUAUUAGAAAAGAAGAAAAAUGAAAUUAAAAUGUAAAAAGAAAAAAUUGAAAAAGAAUAAUAAUAAAAUUAAGAAUAUGAAGUUGAUUUAUUAUGA